CUCCUGUGUAUUUUCCACUAUGUAAGAUAAGAUAAGAGUAAGAAAACGAUUUCUAAAUAGAUAUUCCUUUUAUAUAUAGCUAACUUGAACCCAGUAAACAUAAAGUAUUCGUACAGCAUCUUUAAUUAGACUCUAAGAAAAGGCAAGAAAAUGUUUCAAGACUUAUCCUUUUUUGUUAUCAAGAUUAUUGUCGCUUGUUGUCUAGGAAGUUUAACUUAUGGUUUCUCUUCCGGUGUUGCUGGUACAGUGAGUGGUCUGCCUAGUUUUAUAGAUUAUUUUGAUUACGAAAGUAAUGCUAAUAAGGCUGAUGCUUUUAAUGGACUAUUUUCGGGAGGAGGGUUGCUUGGAUGUCUUCUUGCUGGGCAUUUCUCUGAACAAUUUGGUAGAAAAAGGGCUAUUUUCAUCACUUGUAUGAUUUCAAUCUUAGGAUCUAUUAUCAUGACUGCUUCUGUUAAUAUUGCAAUGUUAUUUGUAGCCAGGUUUAUAGCUGGAGUAUCCAUUGGUAUGAUUGUUUUCUUAGUUCCACUUUGGCAGACAGAGAUUGCUCCAGCAAGUGUUAGGGGCUUGUUGGUUGGUAUGCAUGGUACUAUGAAUAUUGCAGGAUAUUCAAUCUGUAAUUGGGUAAAUGUUGGUCUUUAUUUUUGCUCAAAUGUUAAUGCUCAGUGGAGGGUUACUCUUGCUCUUCAAAUGGUUUGGCCUUUGGCUUUAGCUAUUUGUAUUUGGUGGAUGCCCGAAUCACCAAGAUGGUUGAUUGAACACGGAAAAGUCGAUGAAGCUAGGGAAGUAAUGAAACAUCUUGAAUCUGAAUUGAAUGAUGAUCAAUUUUCUCAUAUGGUAUAUCAAAUUGAAAAUGAAAAUCAACAUUCUUCUUGGUCUUCACUUUUCACAGUUAAACCAUAUAGGAAAAGAUUGAUUAUUGGAUUUUUAACCAUGUUUGCUGGCCAAGCAACUGGUACAUUGGUAGUAACCAACUAUACUCCAACAUUAUGUAAAAGUCUUCACUUUGACAGUUUAAUGCAACUUAUUUUAAGUGCUGCUUAUAUAUCCACCGGUGUUGUUUACAAUUUUGUUUGUGCUUUGAUGAUGGACUAUGUCGGUAGAAAAACACUCUUGAUUGUUGGAAUCUUUGGAUCUGGUGUUAUUUCAAUCAUGGGUGAGCUUAUCAUGGUAGCUUUAUUUUCUGGAUCAGAUAAUAAAGCUGCAAAUGCAGCUGGUGUUUUUUUCAUAUUCUUUCAUAUUGUGUUUUACGGAGGUUGUGUUGAUGCUAACACUUACGUUUAUGCUACCGAGAUUUGGCCAACACAUAUAAGAUCCAAAGGAGCAGCUUUAUCGACUAGUGGUUUAUUUAUUGGACUCUUAGUUUUCACAACUGGGGUUACAUCAGCAUUAAACCAUAUUCAAUGGAGAUAUUUUUUGAUCUUUAUUAUUUUGAGUUUAAUCAACUGUAUUAUCAUUUUUUUUUAUUUCCCAGAAACAAAAGGACUUACCUUGGAAGAGAUUGGUAAACUAUUCGGUGAAGACCCAGAUAUCACCGACAAUAAAUUACUGUUCAUUGAGGGAACACACGAAAGCACAAACCUGAAGGACGAAAGAGUAGCAGUUCAAGUGAAAGAGAAAGACUCUUACUCUCCAUAAUUUUGCUUAUAAAAAAAAAAAAAAACUUCUAAUUAAAUUUUUUACCUAUUUCUAACGGUAAAGAUGAAG